UCUUCUCCCGCUCCAACUUUUUCUUCCCUUCAUUGUUGAAGUAAGGAGAAAGGAAUUACUCACUGCAGAGACGCCACUGCCGGAAUCAUGGCUUCCUCUGUCAAAUCUAGACUUGCUUCUCCCUCCCCUUCAUCCCAGCUUCUUCUUUGUCUAUGAAAAGCCAAGCGCCAUCAGACCUUAUAAGUUUCACUGUAUGAUGGGCGCUCUCAAGAAAAGCUUGUCAAAGCUGCUCAUUCCUUACUACCCUCUGGCUGGGGAGAUCGUCACCAGCCCAACAGGUGAACCGGUGCUCCACUGCAACAACAAUGGCGUCGAGUUCGUUGAAGCUUAUGGGGAAAUAGAGCUCCUCAAGCUCGAUCUUUACCAUCCGGAUGCUUCCGUGGCCGGAAAGCUUGUGCCCAAAACGGCAACUUCGGUUCUGUGCCUCCAGGUAACAGAGCUCAAAUGUGGAGCAAUGGUUCUGUCUGGCACUCUUGAUCACAGAGUCUCAGACGGCCACUCGGCCAACAUGUUUUUAGUAGCAUGGGCAGAGAUGACCACAUCAGGCACCAUAUCAAUGACUCCAAGUUUUCGACGAUCUCUUCUCAGCCCGCGCUGGCCAGGAUCGCCUGGCAAGUCUCUUAAUGAUCUAUAUAUGGUUGUACCGCCGACGCUGCCCGAGACGCCAAGACUACAUGAAUAUGUUGGCAGGAUUUACUACAUGAAGGCGGAAGCCAUGGCCUCUCUCCAGGCUCUUGCUAGCAGCCAUGGCACCAAGAGGACCAAGGUUGAGGCAUUUAGCGGCUGCUUGUGGAAGGCAUUGGCAGAAAGUGCUGAUAAGGGAGAACCAUGCAAAGUGGGCGUGGUUGUGGACGGACGGACGAGAUUGAUAGAUGGUGUUAGAUCAAAGGAUGAAAUGGCUAGAUAUUAUGGCAAUGUCUUGUCACUCCCUUAUGGUGAAUUAGACUCCAGUAAGUUAACCAGCAACCCUUUGAGUUGGGCAGCUGACCAAGUGCAUGAUUUUCUUAUGCCUGCAGCAACUAAAGAUCAUCUUUUAGGUUUAGUGGAUUGGGUGGAAGAUCAUAGACCCCAUUCUGUAAUGGCUACCUUACUAUUCAAGGGCAAUAUGAAAGGACCCUCUGUGACAAUCUCCAGUGGGAGGUUCUUCCAAGCCAACAAGCUAGAUUUUGGUUGGGGAAGGUCAACUCUUGGGUCCUGUUAUUUCCCAUGGGGCCUGGACUCAGGCUAUGUAAUGCCAAUGCCAAGCCCGUCUGGGAAUGGGGAUUGGAUUGUUUACAUGCAUCUUUUCAAACACCAAUUAGACACCGUAGAAGCUGAGCUUGGUGAUAUAUUACACCCACUGAAUUUAGCGCUUCUCAAAUUACUUGAGCACUAAGUUCACGUGUGUGGUGCGUAUGUGGCUUUGUCUCUUUUUAUGUGUGUGUGUUUCCAUUUGCUCAAAAUGUACAAUAAGCAGUGGCGGAGCCACAUGGAGGUUGGUCUUGUUUAUGUUUUAUGUUAAUGCUUUCGUA